GUGCAACAUGGUACUUGGGUGCCCCACAGCUUUCCGGAUUACUUGGACCGGAUUGAGACUGGCUCCAUGACAAUUUCAAUCAAGAAUGUGAACUACACUGAUGAGGGACGUUAUACCCUGAAAGAUCGCAGGGACCGGGUGGUGUCUAUUACUAGAAUGGACCUGACAGACCAUCAUGAGUCCCAGGGAAACCCUCUCAUUGCUCUCCUCUUACUGCUGGGCAUCCCGGCUGGGAUUUGCUGCUGUUGUCGGAAGAAGAUUUUCAAAAAGAAAGCCAACACUGCUGCAACGCUACAGACUACCCCACAAGCAGUCCAUCCUCCUCCCGGUGGUCCUGUUGGACCUGCUCCUCCCUACAGCACUCCUGGACAACCAGGAGCAGUGUACUACUAUGGCCCUGACCCUAGCAUGGGUCCUUCAGUCCAUCCUCCUCCGAUGACAGGCCCAGGACAGUGGAACGGCCCCCCACCCUCCCCAGGUUAUAACCCAGCCUACCCACCCCAGAACCCUGGCUAUCCUCCUGUCGGUCCAGCUAUGAACCCCCCCGCCCAGCCUUCACAAUGGAACGGUCCACCACCAGGCCAGUACCCACCUGGAGCUCCAAUGGGCUAUGCUCCAGGUCCAGUCAUGUAUAGCUCUCCUCCACCAGCAGCAGCUAGUGAACCUGGUAAGGAGGAGCUCAAGAUGGAGAAUAUGUGUCCCUCACCUGCUGACCCCCUGUUGACUGCCACACCACAGGCUGAAGCUGCAUACUCUCCUGUGGCCCCUGUAGCUCCUGUGCCCCCCUCCUCUGACAGUGCCUACAAGUUCCAGGUCGACAAAUCAACCACCAACUUCCUGUAGGGACUGGAGCUUCCUCACCGGCCCUUCCUCACUUUGAUGUUACAGUGCCCCUCUGUGGCCAUUUUGCAUUCCUCUCUCCAAGCAUUUAAAUCAGGGACGCGUAAUGGCACAGGUGGAAACGAUGAACAACAUGUGGACAUUAGAUUUUAUUCUUUGCCUCCUUGCCUUGAUCAGCAUUUUAUCCUCUAUAUCAAUGAAAAUAAUGUGUUUUAGGCCAAAUGAUCAAUUCUCUGGUAUAAAAUCUAGCUGUGUUUUUGCAGUCAGCAUGUAGGAGUUAGUGGAGAUUUCCAGAGGCGAGGAGUCAAAUUCAAUUGUUUAAGAGAUGUCAUUAGCACAUAACUGUGGUUUCUAUCUACAUUUUCACUGAUUCCAGCCUUCUUUUUCUUUUUGUUUGAUUCCUUGUUUCUAUUUACGAUUAGUGAAAGCUGACUCCCAAUUUAAAGUGCCAGGAAAACCAAGGAAUCAAGAAAAAAACUUUAGGUUUACCAGUCAGUUCAGAUGCAACAAAAGGAAGCAAAGCAGUUCACUGGGAAAAUGAUCGGCUGAAAAUCACUACAUAGUAAAUAGUAGCUUAGAUGAAAAAUGUUUCAGCCUUGAGCUAUAUUCAAACAGCUCCUGUCACUUUUUACCUCUGUACCCUUAUUAUUUCUCCCGUUGUCUCCAUAAUUUCCUGAAGGAGAGUCAUACAGCUUUGCAAAACAUAUAUUUACUAUAUAUAUAUAUAUACGAUAUUUAGAAACUGUGUCAGCUGGAGCUAAUAAAUCGGCCUUGAGCAACCUCAGGUCUGAGGGUGAGCCUCUUAUAAUUCCCAAUGAAAAAAAACAGAUGUAGAGACUGCCAUACUCCUCUGACAUACUGUGAGACAGCAUUGGAACAUGCAUGAUGAUGCUGCUGUGAAGAAGCCAGUCACAAAGUUGUCAAGCUUUGUACCCAAAUCACCACGUACAGUGAAAUGGCAUCAGUCCUGUGUGGCUUUUUGUUGUUGGUAAAGUAUAGACCCAGACUUGGAUAAAUCAAUCUGCCAUGGGGCCCAGGAGCAAAAACUAGCUGAGCGUUAUCUUACAGUAAUUAUAUUUGGCCUGGAGCCCCAGACAACAACCAGUGUUCCUAUCCUGGAAUACUACUUGGUCCUAGGUUUGCUGUCCAGUAGCAUUUGUAGAUACACCGAUCAGCCAUAACAUUGUGAUCACCUGGGCACCCUGGUGGUCCCAUACCAACAGACUCUCUGCACUGUGUGUUCUGACCCCCUCUCUCUAUCAGAACCAAGCAUUAACU